CAGAUUUCAGCCGUGGCGUGUUGUCCCUGUGAAGCAGACCAAAGAUUGUGAAAGAGUUUCAAAUCCAUAGCUACACUCCAGUGAUGGAGGAUUGCACACUGGAAGAACAACUUCUCCUUCAUGCUAAAGAGGGCAACUGUCCUCAGGUUCAGAGGCUCCUUCAGUCGAGGAUUCACCAAAACAGCUCUCUCAACAUCAACUGCAGAUCUCGUUCGAAAACCUGCUCGGGAUGGACACCUCUUCAUUUGGCCUGCAGCUUUGGACACAGAGAUGUUGUUGAGGAGUUACUGAAGGCAGGGGCUGAUGUGAAUUUGCAGAAUAACCUGGGUGACACACCUCUGCAUAAAGCAGCAUAUGCUGGACGAAAGGAGAUUGUUCUGUUGCUUCUGCGCUAUGAUGCCUGUGCCAACAUAAUCAAUGGAACUGCUCAAAUCCCCAAAGAUGUCACAGAGGAUGAUGAAAUCAUUACCAUGCUUGAGGCUGCAGAGAGGAGAGCGGCAAGGCGGCAUGAGGAGAAGCUUCUGGAAGCAGCCAGAGAGGGGGAUAUAUCCACUCUGUCUAAAUUGCUCAAUGGGAAAGAUGCUCCAGAUAUCCACUGCAGGGAUUCAGUGGGUAAUACGCCUUUACACUGUGCAGCCUACAGGGGGCAGAAGCAGUGCGUUAUAAAGCUGCUCAAGUGUGGAGCCAACCCUAGUAUCAAGAACAACAAUGCUCAGACUGCAUUGGACCUGGUUUGCACUGAUGAACUGAAACAGAUUCUAGCAGCCUAUAAAAAUAAGGUGAGCUCAAAUGGCUGGUCUGUAAUGUCUCAUCUGCUUUGAAUGAUCAGGAUGGGUUCUGCUAAGAACAUUCGGCACAGCUGCAUUACAAGUAUGGUGUCUUAGUCGUGAUCCACAAAGGAUGAUACCUUUUUGGUUACUUGAUUAAUUAGAGUACUUGAGCUGCCCCUCAUUUCUUUAUAUUUUAUUUCCAAGGAGCCAGGCUUUCUUGUAAUUUUUCUUAUAAAGUGGU